AUGCUGCAAGCAGCAGAGGAACCAGCAGAGGAAGCAGCAGAGGAAGCAGCAGAGGAAGCAGCAGAGGAAGCAGCAGAGGAAGCAGCAGAGGAAACAGCAGAGGAAGCAGCAGAGGAAGCAGCAGAGGAACAGAGGAAGCAGCAGCAGAGGAAGCAGCAGAGGAAGCAGCAGAGGAAGCAGCAGAGGAAAGCAGAGGAAGCAGCAGAGGAAGCAGCAGCAGGAAGCAGCAGAGAGCAGAUGAAGCAGCAGAGGAAGCAGCAGAGGAAGCAGCAGAGGAAGCAGCAGAGGAAGCAGCAGAGGAAGCAGCAGAGGAAGCAGCAGAGGAAGCAGCAGAGGAAGCAGCAGAGGAAGCAGCAGAGGAAGCAGCAGAGGAAGCAGCAGAGGAAGCAGCAGAGGACGCAGCAGAGGAAGCAGCAGUGGAAGCAGCAGAGGACGCAGCAGAGGCAGCAGCAGGAAGCAGCAGAGGAAGCAGCAGAGAAGCAGCAGAGGAAGCAGCAGAGGAAGCAGCAGAGGAACAGCAACAGGAAAGCAGCAGAGGAAGCAACAGAGGAAGCAGCAGAGGAAGCAGCAGAGGAAGCAGCAGAGGAAGCAGCAGAGGAAGCAGCAGAGGAAGCAGCAGAGGAAGCAGCAGAGGAACCAGCAGAGGAAGCAGCAGAGGAAGCAGCAGAGGAAGCAGCAGAGGAAGCAGCAGAGGAAGCAGCAGAGGAACCAGCAGAGGGAACAGCAGAGGAAGCAACAGAGGAAGCAACAGAGGAAGCAGCAGAGGAAGCAGCAGAGGAAGCAGCAGAGGAAGCAGCAGAGGAAGCAGCAGAGGAAGCAACAGAGGAAGCAACAGAGGAAGCAGCAGAGGAAGCAACAGAGGAAGCAACAGAGGAAGCAGCAGAGGAAGCAGCAGAGGAAGCAGCAGAGGAAGCAGCAGAGGAAGCAGCAGAGGAAGCAGCAGAGGAAGCAGCAGAGGAAACAGCAGAGGAAGCAGCAGAGGAAGCAGCAGAGGACGCAGCAGAGGACGCAGCAGAGGACGCAGCAGAGGACGCAGCAGAGGAAGCAGCAGAACAAUCACCCCCACACUCAGGAGUGGAGGCACUCAACAAUCACCUCCACACUCAGGAGUGGAGGCACUCAACAAUCACCUCCACACUCAGGAGUGGAGGCACUCAACAAUCACCUCCACACUCAGGAGUGGAGGCACUCAACAAUCAUUAUCCACACUCAUUUCUUCCUCGUUAA